UUUACAUCAUUGCUAAUUUCCUAUAUAUAGGUGUCUAAAAAUACUGGAACAUAACUUUUUAACUCAUAUUUUUCCUUUUUAGUAUAAAGUUGAAGCCUCGUAGGAAAACAUAAUAUAGCUUUGAAGCUUCAGGAGAUGGAUUCUAGGCUUCUAGAGGCAAUUAGGAUAAAAGACACACCCACUUUGAUCAGUUUAUUUCAAGCAAAUGAAGGAAUUCUUGAGCAAAGAACAACCGAUUCCUUGGACACUGCAUUACACCUUGCUUCGAUGUUAGGACACGUUGACAUGGUAUCUGAAAUUGUUAAGUUGUGUCCGGACUUGGUUGCAGCAGAAAACAAGAAGCUUGAGACUCCAAUACAUGAAGCUUGUCGCCAAGGGAAGGCAGAGGUCUUGAAGCUGCUAUUAGAGGUCAAUCCAAUGGCAGCCUCUAAGGUCAACUCUGAAAACAAGAGUGCAUUUUUCAUAGCUUGUAGUAAUGGCCAUUAUGACGUGGUGAAACUCCUCUUAAAUAAUACCGGGAUGAGAAGUUUAGAGGAAAAUGUGUUUGAUCAAAUUUGUAUCCAUGUGGCUGCAUAUAAAGGACAUACUGAUGUUGUUAGAGAGUUACUAGAUGCGCGUCCCAACUUUGCUCUAAUGAUUGAUGAGAAUGGAAACUUGCCAUUGCAUUAUGCUUGCAUCCGUGGACACACGGAUAUAACCUGGAUGCUCCUAAGCUGUGAUGCAAGUCUAGCUCUGCACUAUAACAACAAUGGUUUUACACCACUGCAUAUGGCAUCAAUGCAUGGCAGAGUUUCAGUCCUUGAAGAAUUUGUUAAGAUGGCUUCGGUAUCUUUUCAUUAUGCCACAUAUGAGGGAGAGUCAGUGUUUCAUCUGGCUGUAAGAUAUGGUCAAUAUCAUGCUCUAGUGUACUUAGUGCAUGUCUCCAAUGGUACAAAUCUCAUGCACUGUCAAGAUCGAAAUGGUAACACCAUUUUACAUGCCGCAGUUUCUGUUGGGCACCAUCAGAUAGUGGAGUACUUGAUCAACGAAACAAAAGUGGAGAUUAAUUCUCUGAACUUUCAAGGACUCACAGCACUUGACAUCCUCAACAAGGCUAAGAAAAAUAAAGAAAUUCGGCGACUUAAAUCCAAGUUCAUUAAAGCUGGUGGUAAAAGCAGUAUCAAGUUGUUAUCUUGUUCACCAGAAGUAGAUAGAACCAAUGAUCAGCUGCCUAUUAUACGUAAGAAUUCUUCAUGGCAGGGUUGCAUAGAUGAUGAUUUGGAUGUGUCCGUUAUGAGUGAAAUGGUUUCUUAUGAAUGCAUGUGCUCACCUAGAUUAAGCAAGGGAACCAACUCUAGAACAUCAUCACCAUGCGACCGGGUUGGAGAGACAUUUAGCAAUGAAACAUAUAAACAAGAGUCCUUAUCCCCAACCAAUACACGACAACACAAGCAUCUUAUCAGAAGGCACCGGGAAAAUAUAGGUGACGUUUACCGAAAUAAGCAGCAUGAAAAAAUAUAUAUGGAAGCCUUACAAAAUGCUAGGAAUACUGUAACACUUGUUGCCAUUUUGAUUGCUACAGUUACUUUUGCUGCUGGAAUUAGCCCUCCCGGUGGAUUUUAUCAGGAUGGAGAAAUGAAAGGGAAGUCAAUACUUGGUAGAACAACAGCUUUCAAGGUCUUUGCAAUAAGCAACAACCUUGCAUUGUUUAGCUCUCUAUCCAUAGUGGUUGUUCUUGUCAGCAUCAUCCCCUAUCAGAGGAAGCCACAGAUGAGACUCUUGGUGGUUGCUCACAAGGUCAUGUGGGUAGCUGUGGCAUUCAUGACAACAGGUUUUGCUGCAGCCACAUGGAUGAUCAUUCCUCACAGUCAAGGGACAGAAUGGGUGUUUGUCACACUAAUAGCAAUAAGCAGUGGCACCCUGGGAGCAAGUUUUAUCGGCCUAGGUGUGAUGCUGGUUAAGCACUGGCUGUGGAAACGGAAGUGGAGAAAACAAAGAAAGGAUAGAGGGGAGGGUGUUGACAUAGAAAGUCAAAUUUCGGAUGUUGAGAGCACAUACCAUCAAGGAUAUCACUCAUACCUUAUAGAAAUGGAUCCAAGGCUUUUAGAGGCGAUUGCAAGAAAUGACAAAAGCACCUUCAUCAAUUUAGUUCAAGAGAAUGAAAACUUUCUUGAACAAAGAACAGAUGGUUCCAGGAGCACAGUGUUACACUUGGCAUCAAGAUUUGGACAUGUUAAAUUGGUGAUGGAAAUUUUGAAGUUGCGCCCCAUGGUUGCUGCGGAGAAUAAUAAGCUGGAGACUCCAUUGCAUGAAGCCUGUAGUCGAGGGCAUACUGAGGUUCUCAAGCUGCUAUUAGAGCACAAUCCUUGGGCGGCUUGUAAGCUUAAUGCUGAUAACCAGAGUGCAUUCUUUAUGGCUUGCAGUCAUGGGCAUGUCGACCUGGUGAAGCUCCUGUUGAAUCAGUCUUGGUUGGUGGGAUUAGAAGAUGAGGGAUUUGAUCCAACUUGUCUUCAUGUGGCUGCAUCAAGAGGGCACACAGGUGUUGUUAGAGAGUUAUUAAAUGUGUUCCCAGACCUUGCUUGGAAGGUUGACAAGAAUGGAUAUUCUCCAUUGCACCAUGCUUGUAACAGUGGGAACCUGGAAAUAACAAGAAUGCUCCUAAAGCUUAGCACAGACCUCGCUCUGCAGUUCAGUAGCACAGGUCACAUGCCACUGCACUUGGCAGCAAUGAAUGCAAAAACAGAAAUUUUUGAAGAAUUUGAGCAGAUAGCUCCCAUAUCCUUUCAUCAUCUCACAAGACAGGGAGAAACAGUUUUUCAUUUAACUGUGAAGUACAAGCACUAUGAGGCUUUCAUAUGGUUGGUGAGUGCCUUCCACAAUACUGAUCUCUUCCACCAUCCAGAUCAAUGUGGUAACACUCUCUUGCAUCUUGCAGUCUCUAGAGGAUGCUCUCAGAUUGUGGAGUUUUUGAUUAAAAAAAAAACAGUGGAGAUCAACUCUCAGAAUUAUGAGGGACUCACAGCUCUUGGCAUCCUAGACCAGGCAGGUAGUAUUGAUAAAUUUCCACAUAUUAAAGCUAUGUUGGAGAGAGCUGGUGGUAUUAACAAGAAAAUUUUACGUUCAAAAGAAGUUGAAGGAACUAAUCCAGGCAUAUUUGAGGACACUUGGAGGCCAAUUAAAUUAGAUAAUGUGUCCAGGUUGCCCAUUACAAAGGACUUUGGUGAUCCACCCAACCAAGGAAAUUAUGAAGUAAUUGCACUCCAUCAUCAAGCUGAGGAGACAGACAAAAUUCAAGAGGACAACUCAACUAUGCCAGAUCAUUCACCAAAGAAGACAACUAGCUCCUUGGCCAAUUUGCAGCGACAUAAGCUCCUGAGCAGAAGACGAAAGGUAGAACUAACUAAACUUUAUAAUGACCGUCGAAGUAGGCAACAUGAUAUAUACAGGGAGGCACUGCAAAAUGCCAGGAACACAAUCACACUUGUUGCCAUUCUGAUUGCCACAGUUACUUUUACUGCUGGAUUAAACCCUCCUGGUGGUGUUUACCAGCAACAAUCAUCGAGUGGAAAUUCAACAGUGGCUGGAACAACAGCUUUCAAGGUCUUUACAAUAAGCAACAACUUUGCAUUGUUCACAUCUUUGAGCAUUGUUAUAAUUCUAGUCAGUAUCAUUCCUUUUCAAAGAAAACUACUAAUGAGGCUACUGGUUGUUACUCACAAAGUCAUGUGGUUGGCUGUCUCAUUCGUGGCUACAUCUUAUGUUGCAGCCACAUGGAUAAUUUUACCACAUGGUCAUGGAAAAGAAUGGAUACUUGCUAUCAGUGCCGCAACCAUGGGAACUCUAUUCUUCUAUCUAGGAGUUGUUUUGGCUAGACACUGGUUGAGGAAGUUGAAGUGGAGGAAAGACAAAGGUAAAAAACAAGGGACUGUUAUGCUCACUGAUAGCAAAACCCAGUCACAAUCUGCUAAGCCCGACAUCAAACUUGACAUCAAGUCUCACUCCACAAACUCUAACACUAGAGAUGAAACUCGAUCAGAAUCCAAAUCCAAUUUCUCCACCAACUCUGACCUUAGUAGUUCCAGAUGCCUAGGAUAUCAUGCAUACUGAACAGUCAAAAUUGAGGAAAGGGUAACUGAUUUGAUCUUGAAGAAGCAACAAGCUGGUUAGAGUGAAAUCUACUUGGCUGCCUAAUUUUGCAAAAAUAGUUGGGAGCUUAAGUAUUUACUUUGAAAAUCAUUUUCUAGUUUGUACGUUUUAUUCUCAUUCAUUGAAAAUGUUUUAUUUCUUGUUUUCCAAGGAUUUCAUUUGGUUUACAAAGGAAGGAAAAUCAUUGCAUGUAAUUGGAAAAAAUGAAAAGGCAUAUGGUAAUUGUAUUUUUAUUAUGAUAGAAAAUUUUGAAAAGUGUGACCCUAAUUCCUAAAUAUGUUGAUCCAAGAAUUUCCCAACAAUUGGUGCUUUCAACUCUACAAAGACUCUAAACACUAUAAGUUGUUUCCUUCCAGUUUACUUGUUCUUAUGACCAUUAAAUCCAGAUCGACUAUACCAGUUCCCUUACUGCCUAAUCAAGCAUCCUAACUAAAUCAAAUUACAAUGCAAUCAAGAAUCCAUUUUAGUACAUCUAUCCAACCAUCAACUGUUCAGAAAAUUGGAACAGUCAAAAGUGCCAUGGAAACAAGAAGGUGCCUUUUGAAAUGUUAUAUAAAAAAUAAUUUUACAGUUGUGCAUAUUGGUGGGAAAUCCAAGAUAUUCAACACAAGCAAAUUUCAUAGCAAGCUCAAACCAAAACUAAGAAAAGUAUUGAAAUUUGAACAUAUUUCACGGAUUUGUUUUCAAGGAAAAACUUUCUUUCUCACCUGCUACUAUAUAUAUAGUGAUUGCUGAGAAUCAACCUACCAUACACCUUCCAAUUGAAUUUUUGAGGAAAGUAAAAAUAAAAAUAUAUAAAACUUUAAAUAUCAUGUCAAAUAUUGUUCCUGAUUACUUUAAAGAACUGGGGGAAAAAAAUUUGGGUUCAUGAAAAUUUGAAACUUCAAAGAAAAAAUAGAAGCAACUAAACUA